UGUUCCAGGAAGUGUAUGGAUAACUUAGUAAUUUAUUCCUGCGUUACAGGACUAUAGAAUAUAAAACAGGACUCGCUGUCUUUAGUUUGAAAAUGGAAAUCGUUGUUGUGAAGCUAGAAGACGAGGAGAGACCGUGCACCGAAAUUAGUCCUGAAGAGGACGACAAACAGUUUUUAGCAAACACUAUUCGGUCUAUAAAAACACAGACUCAAGACAACACAUGUUUGGAAUCAAAUACCUUCGAAAAUGUCACGAUUGAACAUGAUGUCAAACCUAGAAACAUUGAAGAGAAUAAAGCGAUAUGGCGGAGACGUUCAACUCUGGUGAAUAAAAUAUCAAAGGCGAAAAAAGGAAAACGCAGAUUAGAACAAAACAUGAGAUGCAAGAAAAUAGGGAUUGAUCUGGAUGUGGGGUCAGGAUUUAAGCAAAAACUUGAUUUGCAGUUACUUACGAACGGUGUAAUGAAAGAAAUUGCAGAGUUUGCCGACGAACUUUCAACUAUUCCUCAAAAACACUACAUCGCAGAAAUUCUGGAGUACAAUUUUAAUAUUAGCUUUGAAAACAGUAAACAAAAAAAUGAAUUUGCAAAUCAAACUUGGCAGAGACUGGUUGAAUUGCAGAAACGUCACGCACAGAAGCCUUUUGAAUUAUCUAUGCUUAAUCAACCAUGGAUGCUUGGCCUAAAACCAUAUUACAUGGUUACAAAGACUUCCAGUCAGAGAGACCCUAUUAGAGAUUCUGGAAUCAUCACCUCAGAGCAUCUGGGGUAUGCUGAAAUCUGUGUUGAAAGUGAGUCUGACAUGAUGGCCAACCAGGACAUCAAGGUGGAGAAAUUCUAUACUGUGUCAGAAGAGACCAGGGCAGACCUCUACCCCCUGUGUCAGGAAAUUGGUCUGGACCUUGAUGUGACAUAUAAAGGUUGGUGUCAAGAGAAACUUGACAUGGAUGUUUUAACAAAAGGGGUUAUGAUUGAGGUGGCCAAGUAUACAAAAAAACUGUGUGGGACAUACAAGCAGAUAGUCCUUGACAUCUUGGAACACAAUUUUGAUAUUGAUUUGCAAACUGUGGACUCUGAGCUCUUUAGAAGAAUUCUCUACCACUUCUAUGCAGGACGUUUGAAUAAAAAACAACGUGGUCAGGCAUGGUAUGAAACAGCCAUCUCGUUGCAAAAAUUUAGAAAGUGGGAUCGUAAAUUGGCACCAGCUGUUUCUAAAAGGCAGUCGGAACGACAGAAAAAGAGACAACUGUCUGCUGCUGAUGGUGAUGAAAAGAAAAGGGAGUCAGUUACUCAAUCUGCAGGAACGUCUGAGAGAAAUUUCAAGAAGCGGACAUGUAAGUUCAGCAGCUUCGAAAGGACCGACCAAUAUAACAAUGAAACUGCAGAUGUUGGCCAAAUGGAUGGCCUAGGCUACAUGUACUCAUUGGAGAACCCUGGUCUUGAACCUUCACUAACAGUCGUUUGUCCUGCUGGUGGUGGACACGUAUCCUCUCCUGCCCCUUCCCUGACACCAUCUUAUGACACUCACACUGCCUUGUGUGCUGAAGAAGUGAAGCUGCAAGACAAUAACAAUAUGAAGGCAAGGUUUGAUUACUAUCCAUUUUGUGAACAAUCAGGCAUAGACCUUGAUGUAUAUUCAAAACUAGAAUCCAAAGAGAAACGUGAUUUGCAGUUUCUGACGAAUGGUGUGAUGUUCGAGAUUCAUAAAUAUGUUAAUAGAAACAGAAAGAAGAAGGGCUAUUUACGCUUUCUAUAUGAUAUUUUGGAGUACAACUUUGAUAUGAGUUUCCACAAUCAGAAGUGGCCUUUUUUUAUUACCCGUUUACUGUCAGAUGUUAAACGACUGGCGAAAAAAUAUAACUAUGCCGUGGUCAUCAACCCAAGUCAUGCCAUUAAUGUGUUUGCACUAUACUCAAAAAUACCAACAGUAAGAAAGAAAAAGGAGAUGGUUACUCUACCUGCAAGAACGUCUGAGAGAAUUUUCAAGAAGACCUGUAAAUUGAGCAACUUUGAAAGGACCAACCCAUGUACAGAUGGAACUGCAGAUAUUGGCCAAAUGGAUGACCUAGGCUACAUGUGCUCACUGGAGAACCCUGGUCUUGAACCUUUGCUUACAGAGCAAGCAAACGUGUCAUGAUUUGUGUCCCACAACCCAAGGUGAUGAUGGAUUUGCUACCACAGAUGCCAGAACUAGGUAUUACUAGUCACUUUUAAAAUGUGUAUGAACAUUUCUACAAAAACAAACAUGAUACCAAGUUCUUAGGGGAUUUAUUCUAGCCUGAUAUUGAAACCUAAAGAUGUGAUAAGGUCUGUGGUCAUUGUAAGUGACUGCCCAUUGUAAUUGUUUCUUGAAAUGGCCAAGUAGAAACUGAGAGCUAUAUUGAAAGAAAGCAAUUUUGCUUAAUUUUAUGUUUUCAUUUUGAAUAAAUUUACAAAUAACUUUGUCAGAAUCUUUUUCCUAGUUUUUGAUUCCCCACAUUGCAGGGUUUAAAUGCAGGAACAUUUUAAGGUUUGACCAUGUAAGAAUAUUGCAGCAUCUUUCUUCAGUUGUAAAUUCUUCCCUGAACAAUUUGGGGUUGACAAAGAGUAGUGUUUAUAUCUUGGGGUUUUCUAGAAGAACAUUCAAUCGAAGUUUUGUGUCAAUGACAUGAAGAUCUUAGUUGUAGAGAACGUUUUGAAUCAUUUAUAUUUCUAUCAUUGGUCAAUGGCCAGAUGAAAUAGUUUUUAAGCAGUAUGUACCUCCAGCCUUUAGGUGGCAGUAUGGUAAUAUCCCUGCUCGUUACAACAGGAACACCAGCAUUGGGCUUCCAUUGAGUUGUAACUGGCAUCUGCUAGGAAUUUUGAAAGCCAGAAACCUUUUGUUUUGAUUUGUAAUAAAAAGUUAACCUUA